UUUUUCUUUUGAACUGAUUCAUCGAUGGAAAUUUACUCGCUUUCUCUAUUUUUGUUUCAACUGGUUAAAGUUUUUCUCUUGUUUCCAGAAUAGCAUUGGGUUUUAUUUUCAGAUUGUUGCAGACUCGCAAGAGUAGCAAUUAUUUAUUUCUGGGUAUGAUUAGGUGCCCAUUUGCUGUGAUAAGUAGGGCAGUAUGAAACUAUGAGCUUUGACGUUUGAAAUUCAUUCUGGGUCGCCUUUGCGUAUUGUUCAAAAGGUGCUCGAUAAAAUGACUAAUUGAGAUUCAUUGUCGUGGGCGUGGUUUAUAUGGUGUCUGGAAUAGAAAUUCUGUCUAAUCCCCAAGUUUGCUGUCUUUACCAUUUUGAUAUCAUCUAUCAAGAUUUAAGACCACCUGUGCCCGGUAGGCAAAUUUUAGGUCAGGUUUUGUUUUAGGUUAGAGAUGAGAAGCAUUUGGUAUAUGUUAUCUGCUAUGGAUUUGGAUUUCAGAUGCACAGUUUUGCAUGCACUUAUAUCAGUGAUGUCUAUUGUAAGGGAAAAAACAUUAUCUUCUUUUUUUAGAACAUGUGCUUACACCGUGGCUCUCUCUCGUGUCUACAAUUAGGAAUGGGGGACAAGAAGAAGAAGACGUUUAUGUUCAUCCGGCUUGUUUCAGCUGCUGGGACUGGAUUCUUCUAUGUAAAGAGGAAGAGUUCUAAGAAAAUUGCUGAGAAGCUUGAGUUUCGGAAGUAUGAUCCCAGAGUGAACCGCCAUGUUCUGUUCACAGAGGCAAAAAUGAAAUAAGCUGGAAGCAUAUGUGAUGAUCGUUGUUAUCUACUUUAUUUUGGAUCAAUACACUGCUGCUGUGUACAAUUUCAAAUUAACUAGUGCUGAAGAAGUAUUUGUUCAAUCUUCCUCUCUAGUUUGAGAGUCAUGCUUGUCUCAAUAGGUAGCCUAACAUAAUAUAAAUUCACUUGUUAUAGUCAUAGAAUGAUCCUUGUGAAUUUCUGUUAUUUCAUUCUUGGAUUUUCUCAGGGGCUCAGCCUUCAAAUUUCUUUAUGAAUUUUCUUCAGUUUAUAAUGCA